GAAAGGAUGAAUCGUAUACUGUCUUUGUCAUUCCUUCAAGGAACUCGAUAAUCUCGUCCACGCACGUGCAUAAGUACGCGUAUCUUAUAUUUGUAUAGUUUUUUAAACAUGUUGAAAUAUAAACAUAACCUAAACUGGUAUAAUCGUGGAUAUUAACGUGUCUGUUUGAAAGUUGAAACAAGAAAUUGAAAAAUGAAAUUUUUAAAGAAACGACGAGAAGAAAAAGAAAGAGCUUUGUACGUUCGUUUACCGCAUGUAAUUCGCGAGGAAGAAGAUGUUGCAAAAUUAUUUACCGGUGAUUUUAAAGUUAACCUCCCUCGACAAUCUACCAGAUAUUGCUACGUAAUAUUUCCUGACACCGAGAGUAAAUUGAAAAAUUUAAAAGAGGCACGAAACACUCAAAUAAAUGGUAAACCGAUUGUGGUUGCUCCUGCAAUUACUAAAUUUGAGAAAAACAGAAAGUUGAAAAGGAAAAAAAUCGUUAUACCUAAAGUAAAAGAUGAAACAAGAGUAACGAGAACCCUUUUUGUUUCAAAUAUUGCGCUUGAAACAAAAUCCCAGGAACUAAAAGCAGCUAUUCAAGGAUGUGAAUCUGUGAAGAUGUUGAAACCACAUUCAGAAAAGUGCAGGUCUGCAAUGGUUAAAAUGGAAGAUGUUUGGAAAGCAGCAGACUAUAUAUUGAAGAGGAUAGAUCGACCAAUUGUGAGAGGACGUAGAUUAAGAUUUAAUCCUGAUACUAGAACUAGACAUAGACCAAAAAAGACAGGACCACUUAAAAUAUAUGAUGGUGAAACAGAAAUAAAAGCAAAACCUGAGGAAAAAAAGAGCUUAAUAAGAGAAAGAAAACGAAGAUUUACUCAAGUUCUAGGUCAUAUUGAAAACAAAACAGGAAGUUAAUUGUUUUAUUAAAAUAAGUUUUCUACUUAUAUAUAUGUAUAUAUAUAUCUAAUGUAUUCAAUAAGAAUGUUGCUGUUUUGUUCAGUUAGUUAGUUCUGUUCAGAUAUGUUUCCCAUGCAGUUUUAUAGAACCCAUGCAUAAAUAAAAAACUUCUCUAUUCGCUAA